AACAAGCUCACUUUUUUCAACAAUGCGCCUGAGGAGGUUGUCGCGGGAGGCUUGAUUGCGGGACUGGGAGUGAUAUCGGCACGCACCCCCAAGCUCGGCAAUGACUUCAACAGGCCAAUGCCUUGCCUCGUUGGCAAGGCUAAGCCUUACAACAACAAUACGGCCAGCGGCCACGACGGUUCCCCGAUUUCUAGCCCCCACGGCUACCCAAGUUCGGUUUGCGUCGCCGUCGAAGAAGCCAGAAAAGAAGAAGAGGCAGCACAAGACGUUCAGAGUAUGGAGGAAAGACUCACUGAUAACUUUCUCGCUAUGCGACGCUAUGAGAUAUAUCCGCGCCUUUGAGGUUGGCAAGCCGGCGGACAAUGUGGCAUAUGACCUCGCGGUCAAGCUCACGUCCCUCAAGCGCACUGCCAUCAUCCGAAACCGCAUUCGUCUACCCCACACUCUCGCGACAAAUAUCAAGAUCGCGGUCAUCUGCAAGCCAGGAAGCCGCGCGUCGGCCGAGGCGCGAAUGGCCGGCGCUGCCGCCGUGGGCGAGGAGACAAUAUUUGAGGCGGUGCGUGACGGAUCCAUGGAUUUCAAUAAGCUUGUCUGCCACGUCGACUCGCUGCCGGCUCUGACGGCCGCCAAUCUGGGGCGCAUCCUCGGUCCCAAAGGAAUGAUGCCGAGUGCCAAGACCGGUACGGUCGCCAAGGACGUCAAGAGCAUGAUGCGCGAGAUGAUUGGGGCAUCAGACUACAGGGAGAAGGAAGGUGUUGUGAGAAUGCCCAUUGGCAAGCUCUCGUUCACGCCCGAGAUGCUGGCCGACAACGUCAAGGUCUUUAUCGCUCAGCUGAAGAAGGAUAUGAGUGCUCUCGAGGACCAGACGGACAAGGGCAUCGAUGAGAUCGUUCUCAGCGCGUCACACAGCCCCGGAUUCAGUUUGAGCGGCGGGUUCAACCCCUCAGACCCUACCGUGACGACCACGGCACUAUCAACACCGAUGUAGCGUCGGAUGUCCUUAGAUUAUGUACAAUACGCUCUCAUGGAGUAGAGGGGCAAUGCCGGGAUUGGCGCUACUAUUUUGAUGGCUUCAUGUGAACUUUUGUUGGGGGUAUACCAAGACAUCUUCUUUCGUGAAUGGAAAUUCUUCCGUGAUCUGCCCUCUAGAGCCUUUCCACUUUCACUUCUUCUUGAAUACGGC